UUUGGGACAUACGGCAGUGUGGCAGGGACCUGAGCGGUGGGGGGACAUUUUAGCUUCUUGCGACAGUGCUGAUAUGGAUGUGGGCGAAUUGCUGAACUAUCAGCCUGACAGGGGUGCAAAACGUCCUCGUGGUGUUGAUGAUGAUGAUGAAGAUUUAAAAGUGUUGCAUAAAUAUGGAUCAGCCAGAAGAAACUACUAUGAAGAGAGUGGAGUCACAGUUAAUGAAGAUGAGGAAGAAGCAGGCAAGAAGAAAAUCCUUGAGUUAAUGGAAAAUGAUGAGGCAGAGCCUUUGGACGAAAGCUCAGUGAAGAAGAUGAUCUUAACAUUUGAAAAGAGGGCCUACAAAAAUCAGGAACUGCGCAUCAAAUUCCCAGAAAACCCAGAGAAAUUCAUGGAAUCAGAGUUGGAUUUAAACGAUAUUAUACAAGAGAUGCAUGUGAUUGCCACCAUGCCUGAUUUGUAUCACCUGCUUGUGGAACUGAAUGCUGUACAAUCCCUGAUUGGUCUACUUGGUCAUGAAAAUACUGAUGUGUCCAUUGCCGUGGUAGAUCUGUUGCAAGAGCUGACAGAUAUAGACACACUGCAUGAGAGUGAAGAAGGAGCAGAGGUUCUUAUAGAUGCUUUAUUGGAAGGACAAGUGGUAGCACUACUUGUCCAGAACCUGGAACGAUUAGAUGAGUCCGUGAAAGAGGAGGCAGAUGGUGUUCAUAACACAUUAGCUAUUAUUGAGAACUUAGCCGAAUUUCGUCCUGAAAUGUGCACUGAAGCAGCUCAGCAAGGCCUUUUGCAGUGGAUGCUGAAGCGAAUAAAGGCCAAGAUACCUUUUGAUGCUAACAAGCUUUACUGUAGUGAAAUUCUCGCCAUUUUACUCCAGAAUAAUGACGUCAAUAGGGAAUUACUUGGUGACCAGGAAGGGAUCGACGUGUUGCUGCAGCAGCUGUCGUUAUUCAAACGUCAUAACCCCAGCACAAAUGAGGAGCUUGAGAUGAUGGAGAACUUGUUUGAUAGCCUUUGCUCAUGUCUGAUGUUGAGCUCCAACAGAGAUCGAUUUCUGAAGGGGGAGGGACUACAACUCAUGAAUCUAAUGCUCAGAGAAAAGAAAAUGUCACGUGCCAGUGCUCUAAAGGUGUUGGAUCAUGCUGUGAUUGGUCCUGAAGGAUCUGACAACUGUCACAAGUUUGUUGACAUUCUUGGACUUAGGACAAUAUUCCCCCUUUUCAUGAAAACACCAAAGAAAAUGAAGAAGGCUGGAAUGACAGAAAAGGAACAUGAAGAGCAUGUUUGUUCAAUUCUGUCUUCCAUGCUGAGAAAUCUGAAGGGUCAACAACGAACACGUCUACUUAACAAAUUCACUGAAAAUGAUUGUGAAAAGGUUGAUCGACUAAUGGAGUUGCAUUUUAAAUACCUGGAAGCUGUGCAGGUGGCUGACAAGAAGAUUGAAGGAGAAAAACAUGAUAUGGUCCGUCAAGGGGAAAUAAUUGAUGAUGAUAUGGAAGAUGAAUUUUAUCUGAGGCGAUUGGAUGCUGGCCUCUUUGUCCUUCAGCUGGUUUGCUACAUUAUGGUAGAGAGCUGCAAUGCUAAUAUACCUCAGAUAAGACAGCGCGUACACCAGAUCCUGAAUAUGCGAGGGGGUUCAACCAAAGUGGUUAGACAUAUAAUGAGAGAAUAUGCAGAAAAUAUUGGCGAUGGGAAGAAUGACGAGUUUAAAGAAAGUGAACAGAAAAGAAUCUUGGCUCUACUUGAAAAUUUCUAAGAACACAGUAUCAUUAGUCUGUAAAUGUUGGAUAAGUCUUCAGAAAUACAAUAGCGAACUUGCAGCCUAAGGUGGGCCUACAAAAUCUUCACUGAAUUUUAUUGGACUGGGCACACGACAGUGAAGUUGAUUUUAAUAUACUGUGCAACGUGUUUGAAGAAUGUGCUACCUUCACAGUAAAAGAAAACUGCUGAGCACCACAACAUUCAAUGAACGAAAACUUUCCACUCCUACUUUUACAAAUCUUUACAAGAUCUUUACAAAUUCUAUUCAGAAAGUCUGUUUUAAUGAUUUCCUGUCAAACCAAACUCAUUUUUUCUUAGCAUUAAUAUUGCAUAAUGUGUAACAUGACACGUAAUCUGCAGAAACAAAGUAAUUGAUAUUUUGUACUCACUGUUUGACUAAAGUGUCUGAUAUACAUUUUUCUGAAGAAAAUGGAUUUGUUUUGAUGUAAAUAUACCUGUUGCAAACUGUCCACCUUGAAUAUAUAUAAAAUUGAACCAUAUUCUGAAGACAACAGUUCCAUUUGGUGUUUCAGUAAAAUACGUAUGUGAGUGCAAAUGUUGCUUUCCAUCUUGUAGAUCAGUUGUACUUCUUAUAAAACCAUUUUGUUUCUGUUUUUUUUUGCCUGUCAUCAGAAAUGGAGGUGUGUAUGUUUUAACAUUUGGUUUGAAUGACAUUUCCAUAAAAUUUGGCAUUUCCUGACCAGAAAAAGAAAUAGAUAUUUGCACCAGUCAGCAGUUGAAAAGAGAAAAAUUCCAGGAUCUUCACCCAAAAACUUUUAGCUUUUUUUUGGCUUGUUUGCAAAUACUGAUUAGCUCAGAGAUAAGUCUUUGAUUUUCAUUUUUUUAAAUUUCGUUAUUCGCAUUGUUUAUCUCCAGCAACAUCUGUAAUGAUUUAUAAAAUUCAGUCGCUGAAUAGCUAACUUCAAUGGACACCAGUAGAAAGAUACAAGUUGACGUUGUUUCUUUAACAGUGACUAAGGUGCAGAGAAAAACAGAAAAUUGGUCUACACAAAGAAAAAUAGUUGUUCAUUUUUAAAUUACGGUGUUGUUUAUUUCCUUGCUGGACGAAUGCAGGUUUCUACAUUAACUACAGACUAAAUCCUCCUCUACCUGUUUGAUGUAUUGCUUACAGUAAGUUUUGAGUAAUUGUUGACCUUAAAGGGACCUUAGAGGCAACCUAAUUGUGAUAAAUGCUGAAAUGCAUUUCAUUGCUGUUUAAUUAACGGUAAAACUUCCUUUAAACCAAAAGCUUGUAGAACUGCAUUUGUACAAAUAAAAGAAUUUGAAACUCUA